AAUUCAGGUUCUAAGCUGCCUGAGAGCGUUUCAACAGCUGGAGUCCUCCCCACGUACAGAGAGAACUUGCACUACGCUGUUAGCGUUACUGAGAGACAAAUGCAGAUAAGAAAGCUGGUAGAGACUGGGGGCUGGGGAGAUGCCCAAAUCCGGGAAGCGGAGGGCAGCGUCCCCGACGACCCAGACGCCGACACUUCCGGGUAAACCUGACUUCCGGGUCCCAUUCCCGGCCGCUGAUGACAUUGAUGGCGAGCCCCGCCCUGCGCAGUAGCUGGUUGGCUCGAUCAAAGCGACCUCCGGGUGGUGGCGACCUCCGGGAACUUUGAGCCUCACGCCUGCGCCUGCCAGGACUGCCAGCUCCCGAUUGGACAGCCAGUCUCCAAACCUAAGACUUUCUGAACCUCCGUCUUUCUAUGGCGCUGGCCAUUGGCUGUUAGGAUGAGGGCGGAGCCUUAGGUCGUCCGAGGUAGCCCCGCGGGGGAAAGCCGAUGAUUAAACGCGGCCCGGGAGCCGAGGGGCUUGGACUAGACCCCUAUCUUGUCUGCCGCCCCCACGGACUCCCUCCUCCUUCAGAAUGACGCUGGACGUGGGUCCGGAGGAUGAGCUGCCCGACUGGGCCGCGGCCAAGGAGUUUUACCAAAAGUACGAUCCGAAGGACGUCAUUGGCAGAGGAGUGAGCUCGGUGGUCCGUCGUUGCAUUCAUCGAGCCACUGGUAAUGAGUUUGCAGUGAAGAUCAUGGAGGUGACCGCUGAGCGACUGAGUCCCGAGCAACUGGAGGAGGUGCGGGAAGCCACACGGCGAGAGACACACAUCCUUCGCCAGGUCGCUGGCCACCCCCACAUCAUCACUCUCAUCGAUUCCUACGAGUCUUCUAGCUUCAUGUUCCUGGUGUUUGACCUGAUGCGGAAGGGAGAGCUGUUUGACUAUCUCACGGAGAAGGUAGCCCUCUCAGAAAAGGAAACCAGGUCCAUCAUGAGGUCUCUGCUGGAAGCAGUGAGCUUUCUCCAUGCCAACAACAUUGUGCACCGAGACCUGAAGCCUGAGAACAUUCUCCUAGAUGACAAUAUGCAGAUCCGGGUUUCAGACUUUGGGUUCUCCUGCCAUUUGGAACCUGGAGAGAAGCUUCGAGAGUUGUGUGGAACCCCAGGGUACCUGGCACCAGAGAUCCUUAAAUGCUCCAUGGAUGAAACCCAUCCAGGCUAUGGCAAGGAAGUUGACCUCUGGGCCUGUGGAGUGAUCUUUUUCACACUCUUGGCUGGCUCACCACCAUUCUGGCACCGGCGCCAGAUCCUGAUGUUACGUAUGAUCAUGGAGGGCCAAUACCAGUUUAGUUCACCUGAGUGGGAUGAUCGUUCAAACACCGUCAAAGACCUGAUCUCUAGGCUACUACAGGUAGAUCCUGAGGAGCGCCUGACAGCAGAUCAAGCCCUACAGCACCCUUUCUUUGAGCGCUGUGAAGGCAGCCAAAUCUGGAACCUCACACCUCGCCAGCGGUUCCGGGUGGCAGUGUGGACAGUGCUAGCUGCUGGACGAGUAGCCUUAAGCACCCACCGUGUACGACCGCUGACCAAGAACGCGCUGCUGAGGGACCCCUAUGCCCUGCGGUCAGUGCGGCGCCUCAUCGACAACUGUGCCUUCCGGCUGUAUGGGCACUGGGUGAAGAAGGGCGAGCAGCAGAACCGGGCCGCCCUCUUCCAACACCGGGCCCCUGGGCCCUUUCCCCUCAUGGGGGCUGAAGAGGAAGGGGACUCCACUGCUGUUAUGGAAGAUGAUGCUGCACUGGUGUUGGGCUAGAACCUCAGCCAUGAGAAGUCUCAGGAAGAAGGACACUCUGAAAGGAGGGUCUCUCAAGGUCUGGCCUCAGGACCCCCCUUGCCUAGCUAGGCCCCCCACUGUUCAUGCUACUGUAGAGAACUACCCUGUACACCUACCACCACAGGCCACGGCUUGCAAAUCAGAGCCGGGGUGGAAAGGAGCCACUGGGAAUACCAUGCUUGGCCUUGUCGGUACUGCGUCUGAAAUAAAAUCUGCUACACGCCAGGGAAA